UCGUUUAUUAUACGGGUCAACAACUGCUGCUUUACCAGAAAGCAGAAGGUGAUAAAGUAACGUAAUUUGGCGAUGUGACAUGUAUGUCAGCCAACCUGCGUACGGUUGAAAAGUUUUCAGUGUGUGUUGUCCGCUGUUUUAAAUGGUGCUGCGGUAAGGAGUGCUGCAGUCUUGUAAAAGGAUAACCAUGGCAAUGUGGAUCCAGGCCCAGCAGCUGCAGGGUGAUGCCUUGCACCAGAUGCAGGCCUUGUACGGCCAGCACUUCCCCAUUGAGGUGCGGCACUACCUGGCCCAGUGGAUUGAAAGCCAACUCUGGGACUCAGUGGAGUUGGAUAACCCAGCAGAGGAAACCAAAGCCAAGCGUCUGUUGGAUAAUCUGGUGGCCGAGCUCCAAAAGAAAGCCCAGGUCCAGGGAGGAGAGGACGGCUUUCUGCUCAAGAUCAAGCUAGGUCACUAUGCUAGCCAGCUAAAGAGCACCUACGACCGUUGUCCUCUGGAACUGGUCCGCUGCAUUAAACACAUCCUGCAGUCAGAGCAGAGGCUCGUUCAAGAAGCUACAAAUGCCAGCAGUGGAAGUGGGAGCCAGGCCAUGGACACGCUAUCACAGCGCCACCAGCAGAUCAACCAGGCCUUUGAGGAGCUCCGACUAGCCACACAGGAAACUGAGAAUGAACUGAGAAAGCUGCAGCAGAGCCAGGAGUACUUCAUCAUCCAGUACCAGGAGAACAUGCGCAUUCAAGCCCAGCUGAGCAGCUUGUCUUCACUGGCUCCAACUGAGCGCACCCAGCGGGAAACAACCCUGCAGAGCAAGCGAGCCACUGUGGAGGCCUGGCUCGCCAGAGAGGCCAGCACACUACAGAAAUACAGGCUUGACCUGGCAGAACAGCACCAGAAGACCUUGGGCCUGCUGAGGAAACAGCAGACUGUGAUCCUGGAUGAAGAGCUCAUUCAGUGGAAGAGGAGGCAACAGCUGGCUGGCAAUGGGGGUCCUAAUGAGGGGGGGCUGGAUGUUCUGCAGUCCUGGUGUGAGAAGCUGGCUGAUCUGAUCUGGCAGAACCGACAGCAGAUCCGACGCUGUGAACAUCUCACCCAGCAGCUUCCUCUGCCGGGGCCCAUGGUAGAGCUGCUGAGCAAACUGAAUGCUGACAUCACUGACAUCAUCUCUGCCCUGGUUACCAGCACCUUCAUCAUCGAAAAGCAGCCGCCCCAAGUGUUAAAAACCCAGACCAAAUUUGCAGCCACAGUUUGCCUCCUGGUGGGCGGGAAGCUCAACGUCCACAUGAACCCACCUCAGGUCAAAGCUGUCAUUGUUAGUGAGCAGCAGGCCAAGGCUUUGCUGAAGAAUGAGAGUACGCACAGUGAAAGCAGUGGAGAAAUCCUCAAUAACAACUGUGUGAUGGAGUAUCACCAGGCCACGGGCACCCUCAGUGCACACUUCAGAAACAUGUCACUGAAGCGGAUCAAACGCUCGGACCGUCGAGGUGCAGAGUCCGUGACAGAGGAGAAGUUUACCGUUCUGUUUGAGUCCCAGUUUAGCAUUGGGGGCAACGAGCUGGUCUUCCACGUCAAAACUCUGUCCCUGCCUGUGGUCGUCAUUGUGCACGGCAGCCAGGACAACAACGCAACAGCUACGGUCCUGUGGGACAACGCCUUUGCUGAGCCGGGCAGAGUGCCGUUCAUUGUGCCAGAGAAGGUGCUGUGGCCCCAGCUGUGCGAGGCCCUCGAUAUGAAAUACAAGGCAGAGAUGCACAGUGGGCGUGGCCUGUCAGACGACAACCUGGUCUUUCUUGCACAGAAGGCUUUUUCAAGCAGCAGCAACAACUCUGACGACUACCGCAGCAUGACCAUAUCCUGGGCCCAGUUCAACAGGGAAAGCUUACCUGGACGCAACUUCACCUUCUGGCAGUGGUUUGAUGGAGUAGUAGAGCUUAUGAAGAAACACCUGAAGCCUCACUGGAAUGAUGGGGCCAUUCUGGGCUUUGUAAACAAGCAGCAGGCACAGGACAUGCUGAUGUCCAAACCCAACGGCACUUUCCUGCUGCGGUUCAGCGACUCUGAGAUUGGAGGCAUCACCAUCGCCUGGGUGGCAGAAAACCCCAACAAAUCAGGUGAGAGGCUGGUCUGGAAUCUGCUGCCUUACACAACCAAGGACUUCUCUAUUCGCUCGCUGGCUGACCGCAUCAGUGACCUGAACCAUCUCCUGUAUCUGUAUCCUGACCGGCCCAAAGACGAAGUCUUCGCCAAGUACUACACCCCCCCACUUUCAAAAGCAGUUGAUGGAUAUGUGAAACCACAGAUCAAACAAGUCGUGCCAGAAUUCACCACCCCGAACCCUGAACCCAGUGCAGGAGCUACUGCAUUCAUGGACCAGACUGCUUCUCCCUCUGUGACCCACCCCAACAACUUCAACGUCUACCCUCCCAUGGCUGACGGCAUGUUGGAUCCCGAUGGGGACUUUGAUCUCGAGGACACCAUGGAUGUGGCUCGUCAUGUGGAGGAGCUGCUCCGCAGGCCUAUGGCCAACCAGUGGAACAGCCAGCAGUCCUAAACCAGACACCCGCACCUGCGGCACACCCCGAGGUCAUCUCCAUCUGGAAACACUCACGCCUGCAAAACCACCUGGACUGCAACCAGGGCAAGUCGGGCAGAUCUGCGUCACAUUUUGUUAUUCAGGUUUCUCUUUAGCUGUGUCCAAAAUGAGAAUACACCUGGUGUCGAAUCCUUGUCUACUCGCCCAAGACUUUUUAAAGAAGUAAAGUCAAUGUUACUGCCAUUCAA